AUGUCCGGUGACUCUUCAAAAUCAGCCUUCAAGGUGCUGGUGAAAGUGGGCGGGGUGAAUAUCAUCCAGCACCAGCACCAGCACACCUUGAACGGCAAGGACGGCAAAGACGGGAAGAAAAUACCACCAUUACAAGAUUACUUUGUCGUCUCCGAGCAGCAGUGGAUUUGGGGAACACAAGUCGGGAAGGAUACCGCGAGGCAGUUUCGGGUGUUUGGUCGGAGGAGAGAGAGACUCUCCCUUCGACAUCAACUCCACAAGAACAACCACGUCAAAGAAGUCGAGAUCCAAAUCACUUCACGCCGCCCCGCGCCAGACAGUGAAGCAGAUAAAGCUUCAGAGUCCGCAACACUAAAUGGCUCAGAAGACGACGAGCAGCAGCAAUCCGUUUCCUUCGCAGCAUCCAACUCCAACACCACUUCCGAAGAAUCACCAUCAUCGCCGCACGAAAUGGUCAUCGGGACAGGCGGCCUCAUCUGCCAAGUCAUUGCUCGAGAUAAACACCCGGAGGGUUUGGUUGAUGACACCAAGACUAUCAAGUUCAAGAUCUAUAACCCCAAUAAGCCCAACCACUUCCGGAAGAAGACGGGUCUCUGGUUAGGAAACCCAGGUGGGAACUGGGAUGAUAAGCCGCACCCCGCCAGGAGGUUUUUCGGACGCAGGGGGCCGGUGGUUGAGGAUGCGAAGGGGAUCAGGGGGGAUAUCAAGUCGCCGGUAGAGCUGGAAGGUGGCGAGGACAGGCACCGCGACGUUGAUCUGGACUCUGACGUGGACUCGGGUGUGUCAAUGGGCCAGACAGGAGAUGAUGAGAAUGAGGAUGUGGAUGAGGACGUUUCACCAGAAGAAGAAGAGAGGGAACGGUUUGCGGCCCUGAUGGGCGAGGCGAGGAGUCAGCCUCGAGAGCCACCCAUGCUGGAGAAACGGAAGAUGAAGAAAAAGGAGAUCAAAAAGGAUGAACAGCAACCACCGGGUGUGAUGCAAAUAAUAGUUCUCAAACGGGCCGGGCCGGUAACUGCGCGUGAAAAAGAAGCAAGUGGCGAACAUUUCUUGAGGCGAUGA